GAGGGCCGAGCUCGGGGUGGGCGGCCGGCGCACAGCUGAGCGGAGGUGCAGACUAAAGCCCGCGCCUCGGCCUUCCGCCGGGUCAGCUGACCUCCGAGUGCGGAACUAAAGCUCCCGACCCGCGCUGCCUGGCGCCUUCACGUUCUCCGCUCUGUGCUCUGCACCGGGAGCCGAGCGUCCGCCCCUUCGCCAUGGCCGGGCUCGCGGUCAGUGGAACUCAAGUGUCUUACAUAGGCCAGGACUGCAGAGAAAUUCCAGAGCAACUCGGCAGGGACUGUGGACAUUUCGCAAAGAGGCUGGAUCUGAGCUUUAACCUCCUGAGGUCACUGGAAGGACUGAGCGCGUUCGGGAGCCUGGAGGAACUCAUCUUGGACAACAAUCUGCUCGGGAACGACCUCGUGUUGCCAGGGUUACCCAGGCUCCAUACCUUAAGCCUCAACAAGAACCAAAUCACUGACUUGGAGCGUCUGCUUGAUCACCUGGCAGAAGUGACGCCAGCUCUGGAGUACCUCAGCCUGCUGGGUAAUGUGGCGUGUCCCAAUGAACUAGUCAGCUUGGAAAAGGAUGAGGAAGACUACAAGAGAUACAGAUGCUUUGUUCUACACAAGCUGCCCAAUUUAAAGUUUUUAGAUGCCCGGAAAGUAACCAGACAAGAACGAGAGGAAGCUUUGGUCAGAGGGGCAUUCAUGAAAGUAGUGAAGGCCAAGGUGGCUCUUUUACCACUAAGGGAGCACCAUACCCAGUCCAGUGGUGAUGGGGUGGGUUUGAAACCUCCUUCUUGA